UUUUCUUUGGCUUUUCAAGCAAAGGUGAAAAAUAAACAAAUCAAUUCGGUUCGAUUGAAAGCACGUUUUAAAAACAUCGUCGUUCAAUAUCGGGUGAAGUGACUCAAAUUGCUUCCCAGUCGUGCUCAACUACUCGUUCGGUGGUGUUCAGUGAGUUCCAGGUUAACAACACAUUUUAGAAUUUUCACGAAAAAAAACCUUUGAAAACUUCUACCUAGUUAAAUACUCAAAUCAAUAAACAAAAUGUUUGCACUCUGGUACUUUUCGCUUGCCGUAGACGAAGUCAGAAAACGCUUUGGUUUUGUAAAUCGAAUUUUUCUGUUUUUCAAUGGCAAUGGACCCGCCAGCAGUCCUCCGGCUAUCGAAGCACAGAAACCGGAAAGCCCGAAGACAGCAGGUCCAACAGUAGCCCAAUCCAAGACUUCCUCGGCUCCCGCGGUACCGAAAGUCGAAAUCCCAGUGCCGACCGAGGUUGUAUUACCGAAACCGGUUGCUGUACCAGUACCGAAACCUGCUGAGCCAAAACCAUCCUUCAAACCAGAGGGAAAAUCGCCGGUCAAACCUGCUCCUCCAGUUGCUGUUCCAGUUGCUAAACCUACCGUUCCAGUCGUCGAACCCGUAAAGCCUAAAGUGGAAACAAUCCCCCCACCGUCGGCCAAACCUGAGCCUGCUAAGCCGGUCGAGCAGCCAAAAAUCGGUGUCGUUCCGUCAGUCCCGUCUCCCGCCAUCACCCCAGUUGUUCCUACGCGACCAGCGCCGGCCAUCAACGGUCAAGCUCAAUCAAAAGCGGUAGAAUCAGCCAAACCGGCACCGAUGCCAAAGUCGCCCGAUGCAGCUACUACUGGCUCGUCCCUUGUGGUCGAGUUGCCGACUAGCAACGAAGAUAGUUUUAUUAUUGUCGAAAAACAGAAGCCGAAAGUGGCCGUAACCGACGUGAAGGACGCAACCCUUGGCUUUCUAAAAGCGGAAGGUGCUGGUUUCGUCGCCAGAAGGUAGGAAUAGCUCUAUAGAGAUUUACGUGUCAUGAUGUGA